CCAACAUUUGAAACAAGUUCAUGUGCUACUGGAAUGGAUAAAAAGGUUUGAGGAAGUAACAAGUGCAAAGAAGUUGCAUUGCUUGAUAUUGGACAAAAGCUAAAAGUGACAUUUUACAAUAAUCGAACAGUUGGGAAGAAUAGUAAUCUAUUUUCGAGGCAUUUGGGAAAAAUAGUUCGUGAUCGUAAUAUAUGUCCAUUGGGAGUAUCAUCAUGGAAACACAUUAAGGAGGAAAAGCUAAAUCACAUGUGGGCUGUUGUUAAGGAUAAAUUUGAUAGUGAUGACAUGAAUAGUCAUAGAGAUCAUGUUUUGGGAUGGAUGAAAGAGUUAUGGAAUAAAUGGAGAGGUCAAUUGCAUGAAAAGUAUGUGAAGGGUAAGCCUAUCCAAGAGGCUCUUAAGAAUAUGCCUAAGGGGGUAGAAAAGAAGCAAUGGGAGUGGUUGGUAAAAGAACAUUUUACUUCAAAAGAUUUUCAGGCGAGAAGCAAUAGAAACGCAAUAAAUAGAGCUAAGCUGAAAAUGCUUCAUCAUAUUGGUAGCAAGCCAAUUAGAGAGAUUAUUUAUCAAAAGGGCGGAAAAGAUGGCAAUCCACCAGAUUUGGCAACUAUCUUUUACGAGACUCGCAAGAAGAAUAACACACUAGUUGAUUCUGAAACAAUCGAGAAGCAUGCUCAAAUUCAAGAAUUGGUGGAGUCUGAACCAUCACUUUCUAGCAUAGAAAUUGUUGAGAAAUGCUUUGGACCUCAAAGUCGUAGUCAUGUAUUUGGCUUUGGAGGUGGAGUAAAAGCAACAGAUUUGAAAGGUGGGACUUCCUCAAAAGCUGAAUUGUUGGCUGAGCUACGUUCAACUCAAAAGGAAAACCAGUCUUUGAAGGAUUGCGUGUCUAACUUUCAAAAUGAGAUGAAAGAACUGAAGCAAUUGAAAGAAUUUUUUUUAGCGCAACACCCUAAUUAUCAGCCUCCAAUUCAAGAGAAUGACUAUUCGGAUCCUUGA